AUGGCACUAGCGGGUCCAUCCAAGGCAGCACCUCCUUCUCAGUUGCGAGAUCCGCUCACUUUAAGAGCACUUCAUAGCUGGUCUUCGUCGCCUCUGACAGCCAUCUUGUGCUCUUGCAUCGAGGCGCGGGAUCUGCUUUCGAAUGUGCUCUGCGAACAAGAGGCGACACCUCUGUGCUUGCAUUUGGGUCAGAGACCAACCAAGUUCGUCAACGUAGUGGGCAUGUGCGUAGGCUGCGAGACACGAGAAGGAUGGACAAAACUUUGGGGUGAGUCGAUGUUUGCGCUGCAUAUCUGUGGUACUUGUCUCUCAGUAAGCUGCUUACUGAUAUUUGCUGGUGUCGGCAGUCGACGACGGCACCGCAGUGCUCCCUCUUCUUCACUACCACAGUCUUGUUAUCGAUGCAGAGGUGGCAGCUGAACAGGUCGAAGAGCCGGGUCAGACCUGCACAGUUCAUACAAAGCCUGAUGAGGGCAAGAAGCGUGCUCGCGAUGCAUCAAUAGGGGAUAUUCACAAAGAGCAUUUGGGAUUGCUGCGCAACGCGCCGAAGCAAGACUGGGCAGGAGUGCCGCCAGAAUACUGGCCUCGUGAACCGCCAAAACCUCCAAGCGGUAGCAAGACCGCUGGCAAUCCAGACGCAGCAGAAAGAGAGCGGACUGGCGCUGCUGCAGCGGCGAGAGCCUACGUAGAUGUCGGACAUGUGAUUAGGGUGUGCGGAAGGGUCAAACGCUUCCCUUGGGGUAUUGGUCUUGAGGUGGGCAAGAGACGAUGGGGCAAUGGAGGAGGAGGAGGCUUCGUAGGUGAAUCAGCCUCAUUCUGAAGACCUUAUCGGGCGUCAGGGCACCGCUCAAUUGCUCACUCGAUGAUGUUGCCCCUCAGAGAUCGUCGUUGACCCAAACGCAGAAGCUCGACACGUGCUCGCUACCAUGACUGCUCGAGAGACCUACAGGAAGCCGUUCGUCAUACCACAAGAAGUAUCGCGCAAUGCUGAACGAUUGUCUCAAGCAACACGGCGACCACAUUCCAUUAUUCGUAGAUCGCUGGCACCUUUUGGCGAACAUGCUUCAUCGCACAAGACAAGGGACGCGCUCGCAAGAGAUCUGACGCCUCCGCCACAAUGGGGUGCUCGGCGACAUCAGGUCGCAUUUCUUGAGGCGGCGCCUCCGCGCUUCAACCCUUCUCGCGUGCAAACGAGCGCCAAGGGCAAAGUACGAGAAGGCAACUCCAUAUGUAGCCCGUUGAGGCGGUCGCUUAGAAGUCCGAAGAACGCGUUGGACAUUCGUGAAGAGCCGAGACCGCGACGAAGCCCACAGGCAGGCAGGCGCAGAUUGAUCGAUGAUAUGGAUGACGUUCACACGAUCCGUCCUAUGAAAGAAGCAGGCGUAGGCGGGCGGACCAGGCCCAAAAUAUUGUGCGGCAACGGCAGUGUGCUCAGACCUGAAACACUCAUAUCCGCGGUGAGCACGAGCUCUACCUCCAGCCGACGAGGCAACAGACACCUCAAGCAUCACUCCGCGCUACCAGACUCCAAGAUCAACGAGGGGCUUUUCAGGCUGCACGUGGAGAUGUGGAUCACCAAGAGAGCUGCGAGUGGCAGCUCACCUGAGUCUCCUUUCACAUCCUCCGAUCUUCAGCAAGUGGCGGAACUGCGCGACCUCGCAUUCAGAUUAGUGCGAAUUCUCCUCAGACGAAGACUGCGAAAUAGAUGCGGCAAGACGUCUGCGGACGCUGAUCGCCUAGACACGGAGUGUGCUUUGUCCAGCGAGGAGCUGGAGAACAAAGUGCGUAGGCUAUUCGACUGGACCCUUACCCAAAUGCAAGAAGAGCGAAGCAUAGUUGCAAUUGAAGAUCGUGGGCCCGAGCGUGUACAACAAUGGAAAAUGGCCAAGCAUUGA